CGUCUUGCAUCUAGACCUAUUUAAUGAUUUAGCCAUCACGUGUGUUUACCAAGCCUGUUCCCAUCUGACCCCACACGUUUGUCACCCACAGAGAGUCAAAGACGAAGUAUCACGCGAUUAAUCCACGUGGAAAAAGUGUGUUACUUCACUGCCGGCCAAACUCUGAUACAUCUUGUAUUUUUAGCAAUAUACAGUCGUCUUAUUUAUGAAAAGACAAAUCUGACAAAAUAAUUAAGCUUUUUUGUCGCUUGAUGGACGAUAAUAUAAUCAUGGUUUUGCCAACAUGCGCUCUCUCUCUCGACUUACUGGGACAUCUGCAUGUCUAAAUGACGAUCUUCGUUUCUAUGUAUGUUUCGGAACAAACUCUUGUGACUGUAAACAUCUCAAAACUCCACAUGAAGGCAUCAGCGAGGGUCAAAUCUUGAUGACCAAUCAGAUGCGUGAUUCUGGAGGGGUCCUCCGAUGAGCCAAUCAGAAGGCAGCUUCUGUUUGCUGGGCGGGGUUAAUGUUUUGUAAACCUCCUCCUCGCCCUCCUCGUCUCAAACAGGAACCGGCCGGUUUAGAAGCGAAGCGGCUGCCGCUUUAAAUUCGUCUGUGAAUCUGUUUUCGUCAUUCUUUUAUCAUCUUAUUGUUCGUUCCUGUCUAUUUUUUCGACUCCAAGAUAUAAGAUACGGUGCAUUUAAAUCGCGCCAACUCAGUCGUGCAGUUGCAUCAGACAAGUGAUUUGUUGAGCAGUAAAACAAGCUCGGACACAACGAUGGAACUGUCACUGGCGCACCCCGUGAUCAAAGCCUUUAUGUGCGGCUCGCUCAGCGGCACCUGCUCCACGCUGCUGUUCCAGCCUCUGGACCUGGUCAAGACCCGCCUCCAGACGUCGCAGACUGGCACGCAGCCGGGGUCGAGCAGGCUUGGCAUGAUGACGGUGUUUCUCCACGUGGUGAAGACCGAGCGGCUGCUGGGACUCUGGAAAGGAGUGUCGCCGUCGUUUGUGAGGACCAUCCCUGGAGUGGGCCUCUACUUCAGCACCUACUACACGCUGACGCAGCACUUUAUCCCGGAGGGGAGUCCUGGGGCGCUGGAGGCGGUGCUGCUGGGGGGCGGAGCCAGGACCGUGGCCGGGGUCUUCAUGCUGCCUGUCACUGUCAUCAAGACCCGAUUUGAGUGUGGCCGCUACAGCUACGGCAGUGUGACCGGAGCCCUGCGCAGCGUCUGCAGCAGCGAGGGUCCCGCCGCCCUCUUCUCCGGGCUCAUGCCCACGCUGCUCCGGGACGUCCCCUUCUCUGGGAUCUACGUCAUGUUCUACAGUCAGACCAAAACCUCGCUGCCGCAGGAGAUCCGCGAGUCACACUACGCGCCUCUGGCCAACUUCGCCUGCGGGGUCCUGGCUGGCGUCUUGGCCUCUCUGGUCACGCAACCUGCCGACGUGGUCAAAACACAAGUCCAGGUCAAUCCUCAGCUGAGGACCAGCGAGGCUGUGAGGAUCAUCUACAUGGAACAUGGGCUCCAGGGCUUCCUCAGAGGGGCCGUCCCGCGCUCCCUCAGGAGGACCCUGAUGGCUGCCAUGGCAUGGACCAUCUAUGAGCAGAUGAUGGCUCGCAUCGGGCUCAAGUCCUGAAAACACGCGUGGAACAGGAGGACCAACAUGAACUGAGGCAAAGAGAAACCUGUGACUUGUCCUCUGUCAGCUGAAGAAGAGACAGGGCUGCUGAGACGUGAAGUUGGAGUCGCCACUUAUCAGCCCGACAGUUGCAGGAACCCGGGCCGACCGUAAUCACGCGGUUACCUAAGACGCUGUGCUAGAUAACGCUGGUGCACUUUAGCCUCCUUGACACAGUUCCGACCAGACGCCUGAAGAGAGCCUUCGAGUUUUAAUGUGACCUUACUAAACUGCUGUUCUUCAUCCAGUUGCCUUGCUGCCUUCACACAUCAUGUCGAAGGUGUUACCACCGUCACCUUCUUCAGGCUUGUUCCAAGCUGUCAAUGAUUGUGUGGGAGUUCACGUUAACUUGGUGCGACCUGUGUGUGCCGCCGUGACAUUACAGUUGGGACCAUGGUUAUGUAACGCCCUGCUCCUGCUCUUAUCUUUAUUUAUGGAUCACAAGCUAUAACUUAUACAUGUUUGUUUUUUUUUUAUAACAAAAUAAAAGUGCUCU